UUCCUGCCAUCGUUUCCCGUAGAUUUCCGUGGUUUUGACGUGUGAAAAGUCUGCAGGUGUUUUGUGUAGUUUUCAGGAAUGAUGUCUCAGCAGCCUGUGCUGAAGAACAGGCGCACUCUCCUCGAGAGAGCAGAGAAGUUUAUCUCUGAGAUUUAUUUCACAGACUGCAACCUGAGAGGACGACUCUAUGGAGACUCUUGCCCGCUGGAGUCCCUCGCCUCCUUCUUGUCCUCUAAACGGAUCACAUUCACGGAAGCAUCCAAGCAGAACUUUGCACCUCAUAAAGUGGGUGAUACCUUUGGACCGACGUGGUGGACCUGCUGGUUUAAAGUGACCCUGAACAUCCCUGAUUCUUGGAGGGGGAAAGAAGUUCACCUUCUGUGGGAAAGUGAUGGAGAAGCAAUGGUUUGGAGAGAUGAGCAGCCAGUUCAGGGCCUGACUAAAGAGGGUGAAAAAACAAGUUACAUCCUAUCUGACUGUUUGAAAGAUGAGGAGCCACACAGCAUCACCCUUUAUGUAGAGGUGGCUUGUAAUGGGCUUUUUGGAGCUGGUGAAGGAUCCAUGAUUGCAGCCCCAGAUCCAAACAGGAUGUUUUCUGUACAGAAGGCCGAGCUGGUGGUAUUUAACCGGGAAGUACGGGAACUACUGACUGAUUUUGAGAUGCUGAUUGAUAUUGUGAAGGAGCUCGGAGAGGGAGAGCAACGAGGCUACCAGGCACUCUUCACUGUCAAUGAGAUGGUGAACCUGUGUGAUCCCUGCGAUCCUAGCUCUUUCUCCAAAGUACACAGUCUGGCUCACAACUUCUUUAGCCAGCGAAAUGGAGAAAGCCAGCACAAUACUCAUGCGAUGGGUCAUUGCCACAUAGACUCAGCAUGGCUGUGGCCCUAUGAAGAGACCAUUCGUAAAUGUGGCCGAAGCUGGGUGACGGUGAUCCGUUUAAUGGAGAAGAACCCAGAGUUUGUUUUUACUUGCUCUCAGGCCCAGCAGUUCCAGUGGGUAAAGAGCUGGUACCCGGGACUCUUCUCCCAGAUUCAGCAUUAUGUCAAGAAAGGCCAGUUCAUUCCAGUUGGAGGAGCGUGGGUGGAAAUGGAUGGCAAUCUGCCCUCAGGUGAGUCCAUGGUCCGGCAGUUCCUGGAAGGUCAGCGCUUCUUUAACCAUGAGUUUGGGAUCCAUUGCAAAGAGUUCUGGCUUCCAGAUACGUUUGGCUACUCAGCCCAACUUCCUCAAAUAAUGCAGGGCUGUGGCAUUUCCAAUUUCUUGACACAGAAGCUUAGUUGGAACCUGGUCAACACCUUCCCGCACAACACAUUUUUCUGGGAAGGUCUGGAUGGCUCCAAGGUUUUAACACACUUCCCACCUGGAAAUUCCUAUGAAAUGAAGGGCAAGGUUGAAGACCUCGUAAAAACUGUGAAGAAUAACAAAGACAAAGGCAGAGCCAAUCACAGCGCUGUGUUGUUUGGUUUUGGAGACGGUGGGGGUGGACCAACACAGCUGAUGCUUGACCGACUGCACCGAGUCCGGGAUACAGACGGACUUCCCAAGGUCCAGAUGUCCAGUCCUGACAGGCUUUUCUCUGAGCUUCAGGCUGACUCAGCUCUGCUUUGUACUUGGACGGGAGAGCUCUUCCUGGAACUGCACAAUGGCACCUACACCACCCAGGCACAGAUUAAACGAGGAAACCGCCAGUGUGAGACACUGCUUCAUGACAUUGAGAUAGCCAGCAGCUUGGCGCUGUGUCAGGAUGGGACUUUUCAGUAUCCUGUGGAAAAACUGCAAGAGCUUUGGAGGCUGCUUCUUCUAAACCAGUUCCAUGAUGUGAUUCCCGGCAGCUGCAUUGAGAUGGUUGUGGAGGAUGCACUCCGGUAUUAUGAAGAUAUCCGCCGUGAUGGUUCUACACUGCUGCAUAAUGCCUGUGGAGCCUUGGGGUCAAAGGGCAAUUCUGCUGGUGUGUUCAACUCUUUGCCAUGGGAGCGCCAUGAAGUCAUCCAGAUUCAAGAUGGUGCUGGUAAACCUGAUCUGGCUCUGGUGAGAGUUCCCAGCAUCGGUUUGUCUCCUGUUAAGGACACACAGCCUGGGACUCAAGUCUCUGUCUCUAUUCAAGCCGAUGGCACCAUCCUCAUGGAGAAUGGGAUUUUGCAGACUGUCAUAAACAAAGAUGGCACUUUGGCAUCGCUGUAUUUGAUCAGUGCAAACAGGGAAGCCAUCUAUGACAGCUGUUAUGGGAAUCAGUUUAUCAUGUUCGAUGAUGUCCCUCUGUACUGGGAUGCUUGGGAUGUGAUGGACUACCAUCUGCAGACGAGAAAGCCGGUGUUGGAGGUGGUGCAGCCAGUUCGUGUGGUGUCCUCAGGUGGGCUCCGAGGCAGUGUCAGCUUCACCCUCAGGAUCAGUGAUAAGAGCACGAUCACCCAGGAGAUUGUCAUGGACGCCAUGUGUCCUUACAUCAAGUUCAACACAGAAGUGAAGUGGGCAGAGUCUCACAAGUUUCUCAAGGUGGAAUUCCCUGUGCGAGUUCACAGCCCCAGUGCUACAUAUGAGAUCCAGUUUGGUCAUUUGCAGAGACCCACGCACAGGAACACUUCAUGGGACUGGGCCAGAUUUGAGGUUUGGGGUCACAAAUGGGCCGAUUUGUCAGAGCACAACUUUGGAGUUGCACUGCUGAAUGACUGCAAAUAUGGCUAUUCGGUCCACAAGAACACUAUGACACUGUCUCUACUGAGAGCAACAAAGGCCCCAGAUGCCAAUGCUGACAUGGGGACUCAUCAUUUCACCUACGCAGUCAUGCCACACACAGGAUCCUUUCAAGAUGCCUCAGUCAUCCAGUGCGCCUACAACCUCAACUUCCCUUUGAGGUCAAUCCGGUGCACUCCUGACACGGUGCCCUGGAAUGCCUUUUCCAUCAGUAGUGCUGCAGUCAUCCUUGAGACCAUUAAACGGGCCGAGGACAGGAAGGGUGCACUUGUAGUCCGGCUCUAUGAGUCACAUGGGAGCAGCGUGACUGCAACUCUCUGUACCACCCUUCCGGUUAGGGAAGCCUGGCCUUGUGACCUCUUGGAGAGACAAGACCCCACCCAGCCAGCACACAUUACGUCAGAGGGAAUCAUUUUGAACUUCAACCCCUUUCAAAUAGUGUCACUUCUCCUCAUUUUGUAAUACAUAUGGCAUUUCCUAUCGUCAGGGUUGUCACAAAUUGAAUAUUAAUAAAAUGCUUUGGGCCUAGAAACUAGUUAAAUAAUCUGGUGCUGUUCUAUUGUUGUUUUUCAGGAGACUUUAACUUUGAUACAUUGCAUCAUAUCAAUAAAAGGUUAUAGAACUUU